UAUUCCCUUCCUUACCGCAUUAACUUAAUUAAAUGGUUAAGCCCCAUCUCCGCCUCUUCCGUCCAUAAAGCCAAGAAGGGCAAAGAGACGCGCAAGCUUUGCCCUCUCUGCGAGGCAUCAUGAGGAAGACGAAGAAGGCCCGCUGGGCCGCCGACCUCUCCCUUUCCCCUCCCUCCUCCUCCUUCUCCUCCUCCUCCUCCGGCAGCAGCGGCGAUAUCAUUGACAAGGACGGCGACGACCGCCUCACCGAGCUCCCUGACAUCAUCCGCCUCCACAUCCUCGCCCAACUUCCCCUCCAGGACGCCAUACGCACCGGCGUCCUCUCCUCCCGGUGGCGCAGCCUCUGGCGCCACCGCUGGCCCCACCCCGCCGUCCUCGACCUCUCCCCCUACACCGUCGCCGCCUCCGCCGAUGACUUUGUCGCGGGCGUCGACCGGUUCCUCUCCGCGCGCGGCCGCGGGCGCCGGAUCGAUACCCUCUUCGUCGCCCUCCCCCCCGGCCGCCGAUACGACGCCGACAUCAAGCGCUGGAUCGAGUACGCCGCCUCCUGCAGCGUCGAGGACCUCCGCCUCGUCGUCUCGCCUUCGUCCCUCGCCGGCACCUCCGCCCGCCCCGGCCGGCGUCUCCGGAGACAGGAACGCGCUGCCGUCUCCUCCGUCUUCUUCCACUCCGUCUGCGAGUGCUCCAAUCUCACCCGGCUCGCCCUUUCCGGGCUCCGCCUCUGGAGUCCCAGCGCGAACAUCAAGCGGCUCUCCUACCUUGAGGUUCUCGACCUCCAUGCGGCGCACGUCACCGACGCGGCCCUGAGGAGGGUCGUUGCUGCCUGCACUCUCCUCCGGUCGCUUGAUCUCCGGCUCUGCCGUAAGCUCCGUCGGAUCGUGAUCACUGCCAACAGUCGGCUCACCAGCCUUACGAUCGUCGACUGUCCAAGAGCUAUGGAGGUCGCGGUCUCAGCGCCGGAUCUCCGGUGCUUCAGGUACAGCGGAAAUUACCUCACGAGCUACUCCUUUGACAGCCCCAAGAGAUUGGAGGAGGUGUGCAUGAGCUCGGGCGGCCCUCCAUCGUGCCUCCCACCAAGCAAUUGGGUGAAGACCCUUGGCGGGCUAUCCAACAUCAAGGUCUUGACCCUUUGUAGUCUUUCGCUUCAGUACGUCGCGAUCGAAGGUGGGAGUGCAACCAGAGAAUGCAACAACUUUAGAAACUUGAGAGAGCUGCAGCUGCUGAUGGGUAUGAUGACUGUUGACAAUCUAACGAACAUAUAUACCUUCUUUAGGAUGUGCAAUUGUCCUAGAUUGGAGAAACUGUUCAUAGAGCUUCCAACCACAAUGAAUGACCCUUAUGUGGAGAACUACCUUAUGGUUCCAAAGGAGGAACCUCCGGAGGUUGAUUUUGAGUACCUAAAAAUAAUAAAAAUUAAUAACUUCAACGGGCACAGAAAUGAGAUGCAGUUGGUGAGAUUUUUAUUGGGAAAGGCUGGUGUUCUUGAGCCUUUAAUGGUGAUCACUUCCAAGGAUUUUAUGGUAGAGGAAUAUAUUAACACAGUGGAUGGUUGCCGUGAUUCCUUACAUUUUCUUCAGUCACAACUAUCACUCUUUACAAAGGCAUCGGUGAAUGCACAGAUAAUUUUGAGUGAUCGUGAUGAUAACAAGCUCAUCCCUACUCACUGGGAAGUCUAUUCUAAAGUCUAACUCACCGCGAGGAGAGUUGUAAUAGGUUGAAUCAGGAAAAUUCCUGGCCAGUUUCUCCUAUAUACAUCCAUUAUACUCAAUGAAACAAUAUGUUCUUGUAGUUGUAAAGUUAAUGAUAGUGAAAUUAUCAAAGGCUCAUUUCUAUAAAGGUUCCGAGUUCUUCUUGAUUAUGUCAAAAAAAAAUCUAAUCAUUAUUGUUGGACUGAUGUCUAUAAAGAGAUAAUUAAAUUAUGACCCUUUUGUUUUUCUGUCAUGGGGAUUUAGACUUCUGUUCUUUGUAGAUAUUCAAGUUUGGCUUUCGCUAACCAAAUGUUUGCACUGUUUCAAAGAAAGAUUAUUUCUGCACCUGCUUGAUACAUGCUGCUUUGCUAAUGGGUAAGUUUCGUCAAAGAGAUCAUUGUUCAUAAAAACCAUGAAUCUGAUGUUAUCUACUGCUGGAGAUGAUCUUGGAUGUCAAUGCAAAUCUGUGUUAUCUUUGAGCUGAUUUUAGAACAAUAAAAAUCAAAUGAAGUUUAUACCGUAGAUGUGUAACACUUGACAAUUUGGUGACACUCUGGCAAUUGUACUCUAGAAUUUAGAUGUGCACUUCUGCUACCUUUUUCUUUUCGUUUCUUGUCUUUUCUUUUGUGUCAAGAUCUUUUCUGCAUUAGUUUCUCUUGGUGCAUCAUUUUAAGAGUUUAUUUUACAUUGGUGCACCAUUCUUUGAAUUUCAAGCAUUCUGUCACCUUGCCGGUGGAAAAUCCAUAUUUUCUUCGUUAUAGAGUGUUUUCCUCUUGCAACAGUUCUCUCAUUUUGGUUACCUUUUGUUAUUAUUGUACAACUUGGAAAGCCAAAUCACUGAAUGCAAGUUUGAACAAUGGCCUGGUAUGUGAAAUUGGAUCUUUUGUCUUUUUUUGUUUUACUGCUUGAAUCUGAGGAUGACACUAAGUUUAUGCUUUUGUAAGUCUCAUUCUAUUCCUUAUUAUUAUUCAUUGUAAAGACUACAAUUGUAUGCUUUUACAUAGAUGGUCUCGACAAACUAACUUGGUGCUGGCGCUUCUUGAUACCAUUAUGGUGUACUCUGUAUAGGCCACCUAAACCAUGUAUGGCUGUUUCGGAUUCAGCAAUCAGUUUUCUUUUCGAGGAUGUGUGAACACUUUGAGUGUUGAUAGCAAGAUCGUGGGAUCAUAUACUGUCCCAACCACUUGUCAUUUGCAAAAAAAUCUGUUUUCUUUUGUUUCCGAUAUCCUUUUCUCAUUGCUGUAAUUAAAUUAAACUAUGUUCAUCUUUAUAUGCAAUGGAUAUUUUGCUUA